AUGGCCGACCAAACUUCCCCGCCUCCAUCCCUUCGUCAAGGUAAAAGGAUUCCUUCUGGUCCUAGACCACCUCCUCUUCCACUCCGUGGAUCGCCCGGCUCCUCCCGUGUGACUUCGGCGUCAUCUUUACCUAAAUCGAGCGCACCAUCGCUGCGCCAACAAAGCUCUUUCGGAUCAUUGAGCAAACUCUUGACAACUUCGAGAGAAUCACCUUUCGAAUCACCCCUUGAUGCUUUGAUCGACACUGAACAUGAUUUCACGACUAGUCCAGAUAGCUCGCCCCGGCUCGAACCAUUGAGAAGCUCGAGCAAGGAUGAUGAAGAGAAUGAAGGGGUCCAACUAUCAUCACAGCAUGGAAUAAGACCACCACCUCGUGCGGUGUCUCCUUCAUUUCAGCCUCCGAGUCAUGCUCAGACCAUUACUGCUCUUCCUAUGAGUCGAGAGACUUCGAAGAAUCGUGCUCAGACACUCCCUGAUAACAAGCGACCAUCUACACCAACGGGUUUCAUUGUUUCCCGUCCCUCGACACCGACAGGUAUUACCUCUCCACCUAAAACCAAGACAAAGCCUAAACCGUCUCGCCUAAACACAAGUAAUCUUAUGACUUCAACCACUUCCUCGCCGACCAGAGCUGUAUCACCGGGUAUGAAACACUGGCAGCAAGUUAGAUCCCAUGUCAUCGCUCCUACACCCGUGGAAGAGAGGGUUCCUCAGCACCACGGUCGUCAUCCAGCCAAGAAAAUGACUGGCUUAGUAUCAAAGGCAGCCGGAAGAUUUGGAUUCCGACAUGCAGCGGAAAAUGUGAUUGGAUACAACGACAGGAGGAAUUCAAUGAUGGGAAUCAUGGCAGGCUUGCACGAUCUAUCUAAAGAGGAGAAAGAGUCAAUCACUAGAGAGAGACGUAAAUUCGCCAGAGACGUGAAAACGUGUCUUGAUGCGUGUGCGUUGGAAGAAAGUAAAAGAAGAUUAGCAAAAUUAGGUUAUGGGAAAGAUCUAAAAACUCGUUAUCAAGCAGACACGAAAUCUAGUGCAGUUUCAAUGCAUACUUCAGUCCAUACAUCAAGUCAAAAAUUCACUUUCGAUCCUGAAUUUUCAGCCUUUGCACCUUUACUCAUGGAAUUACAUAAACAUCUACCUGCUGCAAGAGCCAAAAAACCAUGGUCAAGAACAUGUCCACAUCACUCUGCUAUAUUAGCUGAACUGGGCUCUGCUUUCCUUCAAGAUUCAACUUCUACAGAUGGGGAGAGACAACAAGCUCUGGAAGUCUUUGGUGUCGUGGUAAAAAGUUGGGCUGCAGAUAAUGCUGACGAAGAAUUAGAAAGGUGGUUAUGGCUUUCGAGAGCUUUGUUAGGUGAUGAUCGACAAUUGAGAAAUCGAGGUCUAGCUUUGCUAAACAGAUUUCUGCAUCCUGAUUCAACUUUACCUAGAGGUCCAGAUAGGCCUCGUUCCGCUCUGGCUUUCAUAAGUCUAGCUGGCGCCCUCAUUCAACUACUCUAUGCAGUAGAAAUGUCGGGAUACGGAAACGAGGAUCACUUGCAGAUGAUUAACGGAUUCUUGGCAGAUUUGAGUGAAGGUGAUAUUAUCGACCUGGAAGAAACUUCUUUAGUGGAACUCUUGGGUUCGUUGGAAUUAGGGGGAUCAAUGGGUGGGAUAGAUAAAGAAUUGGUCUGGAUGGCUGUGGGAAUGAUCAUUGGGACUCAACCAUUUCUAGCUCCUUGGUUGUUGAUCGAAAAAGGCCAGGUCCUUCAGCGCUUUUACCCUCCACCGAUUCUUCAUGCCACCCCACCACUCAUCUUGAAUCUGCGAUCUCGAUCUCUAUCCUUAUUCUUCACUUCUUAUUCGUCUCUUAUAUCGUCCUCAACUGAUGUGCCACUGGCUACUCGAUUAUGGCGAUCGGCAAGAGACAUUUUGAUCUUAGAAGUCGAGCAUUUACCAGAUGAAGAUGGUGCUCUGGUCACAUCAAUGGCUGCAUUCCUUUUCGAACUUGAACUACAGGGCCAUAAGUUGCAGCCUACGAGGACGGAAGUAGACAAGGAUCCUUUUAGGAUCGCAAUGGAACCUAAUAAGGGAAGCAAAGCUUCAGUAACCGAACAUAGAGAGACACUAGCGAGCUAUAGCGCUAAAGCAGUAUGGAAAGGCCAUUUUGACGGCGCUGCUAAACGAGUUUCCUUUCUGCAAACCCAACAACUUACACACAUUGGGAAAGAAUGCGUGAAUGCUUUAUUCGAACGCCUCGUUUCGCAGUCGAUCGCCUCAGACGAAGCUAAGCCUUUCCUAACUUGGCUGUCAAAAUCAAAUCCCCAACUACUAUAUAAACCAUUAUUCAGUUGUUCUGCAGCUAUAUCAUCUACCUCCCUAUUGCCGAAUCUCAAAUUAGUUCACACAAUGUCCGAGCUUCUUGGGCCUGCUAAAUUCUGGACCCGUGCGGAUCCUCAUAUGAUGGCCAUUGUGCUGAUGGGCGAUGUCACGCCUAAACAACCCAAGGGCAAAGGAAAAGAAGGAGAAAAGACAACGAUCAACGUAAAAUUAGGUAGAUAUGCUGUAUUGAUUGGAUUCAUAGAAGCUCUUGAGAAUGUUCACGAACCUGCUGGUUCAGGGAGUAGACUGAGGGCUUUCAUAGAAGGCAUAGAAGCUAGAUUAUCGGUGUUCUUAGAGGCUGAAGAAAAAGAUGGGUCUCUACCUGAAGGUUAUCGAAGUCUGAUAAGUCAGCUAUUUCUCAAAAUGAGGGCCAAGACGUCGUCGAUUAAGAAGUCUUCUUGGAUGAAAUUGAUUAUGAAAUGGUUUAUCGACAUCGCUUCAGCUGAUCCGUACCGUAACGCGGAAAUUGAUUCAGACAACGAGCAGCUUGUGGCUCUCAAGAGUACUUUUACGAGUAUAGCGGCAAUCGUAGACGCCCAAGACAAGUCCACGCCAAUGUUAAACUCCCCUCCAGCAAAAUGGACCAGCAACUCUCUUAAACGUGAUAGUUUACAUCUUCUUUCAGAUAAGAAACGCGUCAUUUUCGAUACGUCUUUCGCUAAAAUCGCACCCUUCCUCCUGGUCACUAUACAUGCAACUUUAUCAAAUGAGGACUGGGAAGCUCUUCUUCCUAGACUGUGGCAUUAUUAUGACUCCUCUCGACCCUCUCGAAAAGCUUUAACGUUCCUCAUAGAGAAAUGUGCAGAGAAAAUCCCUGCAAGCUUACGAGCAAUCAUCAUUUCUGAUUUGACCAGUUCUCACAGCUUUAUACGAAAUCAUGCCUUGAGCAAAAUCGCUAUGCUUUUUGGAUGGCGAUUCCAAGUUCUAGCGCAAAGAAUUCUCACGGAUCGACGAGGACCGAUAUUCCAAUUCACUUCAAAAACUCUCGAAUUCGUUGCGACCGAAAUUGGUUCUCCAGACUGGGUACCUUCGCAAGAUUUGCAAGACGCUGCACUUCAAAAGUUUGGUAGAACUUUACCCCUCGAGCUCAGACAACGACUAAUGGAGCUGGGAUGGAGUGAAGAUGAAUCUCUGCAAGCUAAAUCCGAUUGGGAACAAGUCCCUGUAUCCAGUCUACCAGCCUUACAGUAUCAGCAAGAAGGAAUGAAUGUCGAACGAACACCUAGUCCGAUGCGAUCACUUACCAGAAGGGGAUCAAGCGGAUCAGGGAACUCUUUUACUUCCAAACGGAGAAAAGCCGUUUUCUCGCCCACUCUGUUGUCUGUCAUUAAUCAACAAGCCUGUACUCUCGCCGGCGAGAUUGACGGGUCAAUCAGUACGACUUCUCAGGAGCUCGUGAAACUGUUACAGAGAGAUGAUCCGACUGGUCUGCUGCGACCCAUCGCAGAAGGUUUCGUUGAUGAUUUCGUUGGUUCCCUUGCUCGAUUGAAUAGUAUAAUCACAACCCUCACACCAGGCUUCGCCUACGCUGCUCUAAACGCUUUAGUUGGCCAUGUGAAAACGAUUUUGCGUAAUAAUCCUCACUUCGAGCAUCAUGCUCUGGCUUUAGCUACUAUUUCUCGUUUGGUACCCGGUACAAGUGAAAUCUCACUUCGAGAUAUCCGAAAAAACAAAGCGGAACACGUCCUUUUACCAGCAUCGAUACAUGAGGACGAAGGUGGAUUCAAGGUACAUGCUCCUUGGAGAGAUGGUCAGAUCAACAUUCAAACUUCUCAAUUAUUGAUCCUCACAGAAGCUCUUCGAGCGAAUCCUAGAGAGGUAUACUUAUUCAAGAAGAUGCUUUCAAACCUUCAGAUUGGAGACUCCAUCCCUCACCUUCCAUUUGCCCGGGCUUGGUUGAUACUCGUUUCAACUCUCUUCUCAGCUGUCAAUAGGAAUUAUAAUGAUCGUGCUGAACUACGGCAUUUCCUGACGAAUGUCGGUAAUAUCCUUCGAAUUCAUGGUCAAAAGGAUAUCCUAGUUGCUGCUCACGCAAUGAGAGUAUUCAUGCUCUGUGCUGCUCGGUUCCGACGACUUUUCACCUCCAUGGGUUUCUCAACUAUCAUGAGACCCGUGUAUGAUACAUACGCUGGGGGUAACACAGCUCUAAGGGAUUGCAUAGAGUAUGCUUCUAGAGGUUUUUACAGAAUACAUCAAGAUUCUUUUGUUCACCAGACUUGUGUUGUCAUUUCUGAAGGUGAAUAUGACGCUUCUGCGGUUUACUCGCUGUUGGAAAGUUUGUCAAGGGGUAACACCGACUUAUCUGGUGUACCAUCCGGUAUUAAAGAUCUGAAUAAUCAAGAAGAAAUUGAAGCUUUGGUCCAAAUGCUAUCCGGACCUGAGAUUGCUUUCUCAGAAAUUGGGCAAGGUCCAACUGAAAAACAAGCUUCCAAGCAAGUCUCGAUUACUCUGGAAGAUACCAUUUUCCCUAAAGAGAAUAUCAUCAAACUGUUCGUCACUGUUAUCGCAGCUAAUCCAGCUACAAUUCGAGCAGCCAAUUUCCUUCGUCUCUUAGCUUCUUUGGUACCCCACAUCAAAGAUCCCAAGAAUCAAGAUCUGCUCAGAGAAGGUGUUGAAGCUUUAGGAUCGGUCAUACAGAAAGGCAAAACAGGUGACGAAGCUGCUAUGCUAGCUUUCCAUCCUGGUUCAGAAGAGACCACUUCUGAUUGGGUAAGUGCAAGAAGAGAGUACGUUUUCUUGGUAGAAUCAUUCGCAAGAUCAGGUGGACAACUAGGUGCUUCAGCAACCAAAAGGACUUUGGAUAUGGUACUUGAUUUACUUCGAAAACAACCCGAAUCAGUUGGACCAGCCGCCUCGAGUAUAGUCACCUCAUUGGCCAAAACUCAUCUAUCCUCGAGUCGACCUACACCGUUCUUAAGAGAUAUAGCACCGCUAUUUAGAAUGUUCAUUGCUGUCGUCGAUUUUUCUGGUGUGUUGGACUCCAUCACGGCUCUGAUCAAAAGAUCAUCAUUUGAUUUGGAUACGGAAAUAACAUCUAUAAUAGUGGAUAAUUAUGUCGAACCGGCUGUGAGAAUGUUAGCAUCUGCUUCAGAGGAGAGCAUGGCAUUCAUUGUGCCACUUCGAUCGAGCGCCGUUCGGUUAUUAUCAGCCGCGGUUUUUCUCAAUGGUGAUGCCCUAGGAGCAUUGGAACGGCAUCCUCCAGGUGCCAGCUUACUUGCAUCAUUGGUAUUACCACUUUGUCUAUUGCUUGAAACCCCUCAAGAGGUAGACCGAGAAGCUGUAUAUUCAAGUCUCUGGAUCAGGCUCUUACAUUACAUCCUGAAACCGAGAGAUCGUCAAAAAACCAAAACAGCCACAAAUGUCACUACCAACCAAGUCAUAGCAGCAACGGCGGUUCUUACAAUUCAGAUCAUCAAGAUAAUCAUUAUUAGAGCUACAGAAAGCAUAUCGUCAGUAAAAGGGUUAUGGACAUAUAUCUCAUCAUAUCUAUUACGCGUAAUCGAAGAUGGUGAUGCCUUGUUUGCCGAAUCAGCUAUCGUGACGCCCAAUCCCAGAAUCGUAGAUUGGAUGAUGUGGUCACUAUUCGAACUCUUAUCAUUACAUAAAAAUCCAUUAAUGAUACAUAUAAGAUCAAAAAUACAAUCAUCACUUUUGACUAUACAUAAAGAGGUCGAAAGAUCGAAUCCACCUUCACCUGGUUUAAGUUAUAAUUAUGGUCAUUCAAGUAAAAUGUCAACAUCGAUGUCGAUGUCAUUGUCGGUAUCGAACCCGCCCCAAUUACCUUUCAACACGGCAAGUCUUUUGGGCAGAGCAAGAAGAAUCUCAUCUGCUAGAACUCCUUCAGCUGGAUAUCAUUCAAGAUUACCAAGUUCAGCUUUCCCUGACAUAUCGAAUUUGAAUUUGUCCUCAAAUGCAAAUGCAAAUUCAGGACAGCACCAUGCCCAUUCCAGAGCACCCAGUCAUAAUAUCAAUAAUAGUAAUCAACUAACACCCGAAUUUAAAUCAGGAACUCAUUCAAGAAUGCCGAGUCAAGGUCAACAAUUCUUAACACCAUUUAUGAAUACUCCUCCAAGUGGUAAGUCAGGUCAUGGUAGAAUGCCAAGUCAAUCUUCUCUAUCUGCGCCUGGAAGUGGGACUGGAAGCCGAAGUGGUAGCGGAGGAUAUGCUAGACCUUCCUUUGCUGCAUUAUCAGCUAGAAGAGCAUCAAAGCCUGUUUUCGACGUAUUCCAAGAUGGUGUAGGAAUGAAUUAUAGAUUUCCUUCUUCAGCUGGAAUAAGAAAUCUCAAUAACAAUAACAACAAUCAUAUUAAUGAAAAGUCAAGUAAUACCGGAGCGAUUGUACAUUUACUAUCUACACCUAAUCAGGUUUUAUCUGCUACAAGUAUCGGUUUUCCAACUAUAUCACCGACCAGUCCAUCGAGCACCACAGGUUUUGGAUCUUUUGCACCUCCAGGCGCAGGGGCAAGAAAUGGUGAGAUUGCUUUGAGGAAAAUCAGAAUCAAGAACGAAAAAUUGAGUGAAAUGACUAGAAAAGCCGUUAGAACAGUUAAAUUGAUCAAUGGUUAUGAUGUUGAUACCGAUGACGACCUUUUUGGACAUGGACAUGGAAACGGGAAUGGAAAUGGAAGCGGGGAUGACGAGGAUGAAGAUGGAAUCAAAAAUUGGAACGUAUUAGAUGCUUUGCAUACUAUAUCGGAACAAACUCGACUAUUCGUAGAGGAAGAAUUCCGCGAUUUGUUCUCGCCUUCUUCCUCUUCAUCGGAUUGGACAGGCUUAGUGACAAAGUCUGAACAGCUUGAAUCAGAAAAAGAAUAUCAAAAGAGGGAAAGCGGGUUUUCUUUAGCUCCCGAAGGGUAUCGUCUCAAUAUCGAAGAGGAGAUGGAAAUGGAAGGUAUCCAAUCUUUCAGCGAGAAAAGAAGAUCAAGCGAAUUCAAAAAUACGGUUCCUUUACUGUCGGUUUCCGAAGAUUAA